CACUUCGCAAGCUCGUUUAAAACACACACACACGGGCUAGGAAAAACACUAACGAACUAAUGAGCUUCACGUCGAGGGGGAAUGAUGGUAUGUUUAAAUGUUAUCUUAUUUCUGCUGCAUUCGUACAAAGAACACGCGUCGAUUUAACGUCACAGAAAGUCUUUAUGGUGGUUAAUGACAUAACUAUCGUGGUUGUAACCGAGGUAGUAGUCAAAAGUGGGUUCUGAAAUUACAAAUUUCAUGUAAAACGCUUCUUCCCAAGAGGGGACUCACAGUGCUCGCUAUAUAUAGCUCUACGUGACACACCGUUAGCAUUGGUAGCAUUAUAGUUGAUCAUACAUAAAAUAUCGAAAAUUCCUACGUGGUGCUGAACACGCCAAUUAUAGCUCAUCAUGGAAAUGAGCAUUGCUGGUUUAGAAAGCAUUUCUGCAUCAAGAGAAUCUUCUGAGACCACACAAAGAGGUCAAUAUGAUAUUAAUGCAACUGAUGAAGAGAAGCAAGACCCAAAGCUGCACAGGGCAAUUGAGGAAAUGAGGAGGCUUGAUGAACUUCUGUCUGUAUGUAUGUGCAGAGAAAAAGAAGCCAAGCGUCAAAGGAAACAAUGCCAAGCUAAACUCUGGAACGAGCUAAUGGAGAGCUUACCUGAAGGCCACUCGGAAAGGAGCCAUGAGGCCAUGAAUGCAAGGCUGUUUUGGGCUUUGGAAUCACCGAUUGGCCCCCCAGAGAGGAAGGAUUUCGUGUCACUUUUUAAAACUCAGAUAGGUGACAAUGAUCUGGAUAGAAGACUGCAACAAAUGUUAGAGAGUGAAGAGCGAGCGGACGACUCAAGCGAAGUAUCCGAGUCGGUGUGCGAGGAGUCGGACGAAGCGAGCCACGGUGACGCCUCCAAGGGCAAGAAGAGACCGAAGAACUUUGUCAAGAGAAAUAUUGAGCUUGUCAGGGGCAAAUGCGGCCAAGUGCUGUUGACACAGGCAGAGGAAGAGCGUCUGGCCGAGCUCCUGCGAGACAUAGAUGAAGAGGAAGAGGAGAGUGCCAGAGGCGCAGGCAACGAGGAGGACAUGUGGGCUGUGCCGGUGUCGACAAGCCAGGGUUACACCCCAGAAACGUCCGACCUGGAGCGGCUGAUUGCCAUUGACUCCAAACUUCGCCUUUUCCAGCCGGUUGUAGAACUCCUGUCACCGCAAGGCACCUAUACAUUUUUAAAUGAGGCCUUAGACCAGGAAGGGAUGGAGCCUGAGGGAGCAACUGUGCCUCUGUGACGGAAUUACAACAUGUACUAUUGUGUCUGACUGCAAACGACCCUCAAACAAGUCAAUCUUGAUCUGAAAUAAUCCCAUCAUGAGCAGCUGUUGUAGAUUUCACAUAGCAAGACCCAGGAAAGACGAUAAGUCGUCUGCAAUAAGUGGAUAAGUUGAUAGCAGCAUGUCAUGCCUUGUCAUGACUUUUCCAGCGUGUUAUACUGCAAACAGGUCUCAACCAAAUUAGUUCUGACCUUCUAAAAAUAAUCCAAUCGUAACCAUCUGUAGUACUUUUAUUUUCCUCUUUUGCCAGCACUGUCCCUCCAUUUUUUAGAUUUGUGUACAUCUCAGAUCAAUAUCCAGGCGCAUUUUGAAAAGUCCGACCAAGAAUAAUAUCAGUUAAAUGAUCAUAAAACAUAUUUUAGUAUUGGGCCUGAUGCGGUACAUCACAUGAGCAAACCGGAAAACAGGUUGGCGGAAUGUGCAGUGUGCAGUGAUAACUACGAUAGCUGCGGGGUGAUGACAUGAUUGUUUGAAUCUGAACUUGCUAGAAUAUUAUUUUCUUUAUCGUUGGCAAAAGUUAAAUAAAUGUAUAUCAUUUAUUUAUACAUACGUGAUAUGAUAGCUGUAAACAUGAACAAAGCCUAAACAUCAGUUGGCUAUCUCUGGUAGCUGUUGAAGACAUCUUGUGUAAAACAAAAGACACUGCAGACGUUCAAUAUAUCUACAGGUGUUUUUUCCCGGUCUCCUGCCGUAGAGCUCCACCACUGAUUUGAAGUGCUGGUUCUGGUUUGCCGGUUCGGUUGUACGUAACUAUUAUUUUUGUCUCCGUUUUAGCUUUUUAAUUACCAUAUUAUGAGACUUACCACAUAUAUGAUUGCGGCAAAUUUAAGGCUUUUACAAAGAUGAGGCUUUUCCUUCAAACACGACAUGUUUCAUUGAGUUUCCAGUCUGAUCUAUAUAUCACUGUCACAUCAAACAGUGCAGAAGUGUCCAAACUUGCAGACUCGGAUCUUAAAUUUAGGCCACGAUUCCUAACGUGAGCUCAGGAUUAUCUAAGGAUCCUUUCUGACGGUAACCACAUGGCAUGCACAUCCUUUUUGAACAAAACUGAUAAAAGCCUUUGACAUUGUAUAAAGCCAGAUCAUUUUACAGUGUAUUUUCAUUAACCAGCAUUUUAUACCGUAACAUAUUGGAAAAAUUUACAAUAAUUGAAGCCAAGUGCUGCAAUCUGUCCGUAUCCAAAAAAGAGACAUUUGUGCCCUAAUUUUAUCAGUGCAAAAUCUUUUGAUAUGGAAAUGAUGAAUAAACUGUGAACGAUGAAGCCUGAUAUGUGGUUGAUCGUGCCAAACAAUCUGCAUGGGAUCAUAUAAAUGAGUUAAGUGAACAUGACAAGAAGUAGUCCGUUAAUACAAGGUCAUUUCAGUGUGAAGGUAAGAAAGUCAACUUGCUGAUUCAUCUAUCGUAGGAAAAAUAACACGUUCUCUCCGCCAUCCUGUAGCCAGCAAGACCAAAGCUCAUAAUUAAAAUCGUCGUGAGUGUUUUAAAAUAAGACAAUCCAGUCCUUGUUCAAUUCUCGUGUUCUGAAUGAACGUUUGGCUAAUAGUACAAAAAAAAUAUGUGCUAUAACUGGCCAGCUGGAUCUGUUACUUUGAAUGACCUACUUUCUCUCCUUGGCUUUAAUCUUGCAUGAUUCAAGAGAUUUUGGGAAAGUCAUAUUCUCUAUCAUCAUCUGUCAUCUGCUCUGCAUUAGUGCUGACAUGGUCAAUGCAGGUAUUGUUUUUUUAUUUUUUAUUUUAUAUAAUCGCAACAAUGACACACUAUGCUGUGGUAGCAUUUAACUCAAAACUAAUACUUCAAAGCAGAAAGUCACUUUCAAAUACUGAAUAAAAAGAUGGUG